AUGGAAAAGUUGUGCAACAAUAUUCAUCCAUAUUUGCUUACAACAUUGAGCAAAUUUGUGCAGGAAUGGCCAUUAAAGAGUAAACUUGACCCAAAGAUCUAUGGUCCCUCAGAGUCUAUGAUAACUACACAGCUAAUAGAGGUUCAAAUUGGAGGAGGACUUAAAGUCCAUGAGUGUCAUAUAUACGACCAUAAUCAGGCCAUAAAUCAAAGGAAGUUGUUCAUCCUAGAUUACCAUGAUCUCUUGCUACCAUUUGUAAGCAAAGUAAGAGAAAUUGAAGGAACAGCAUUAUAUGGAUCAAGAACAUUGUUCUUCCUAACCCCAGAGGGCAGAUUAAAGCCACUAGCUAUUGAACUGACUCGCCCGCCGAUGGAUGGGAAGCCUCAAUGGAAGCAACUCAGUGUAAUGCAUCCGAUUUUCCGACUUUUACGACCUCAUUUCCGCCACACAAUGGAGAUCAAUGCUCUUUCUCGAGAAUAUCUAAUCAAUGCUGGUAGUACCAUCGAGUCCUCAUUCUCACCUGGGAAGUAUUCUAUGGAGAUUUGCUCUGCUGCCUAUGAUCAACUAUGGCGGUUCGACCAUGAGGCACUACCCAAUGACCUAAUCAGCAGAGGGAUGGCUGUUGAAGAUCUAACAGCUCCUCAUGGCCUAGAACUUACAAUUAAAGACUACCCUUUUGCCAAUGAUGGCUUAAUCUUAUGGGAUGCCAUCAAACAAUGGGUUAGUGACUAUGUUCAUCACUACUAUCCGGCUCCGAACCUCGUAGCGUGUGACGAAGAGCUCCAAGCAUGGUGGACUGAAAUUCGGACAGUUGGCCAUGCUGACAAGAAAGACGAACCAUGGUGGCCGGAACUGAAAACCCCACAUAACCUUAUUGAUAUCCUCACAACUAUCAUAUGGGUGGUCUCAGGUCACCAUGCCGCGGUGAACUUCGGACAAUAUACAUAUGCUGGCUACUUUCCUAUCAGGCCUACUAUUGCUAGAAUAAAAAUGCCUACUGAAGACCCUACAGAUGAAGAUUGGGAACGUUUCUUGGAAAAUCCUGAAGCUGUACUUAUGGAAACAUACCCUUCAAAACUUCAGGCAACAACAGUAAUGGCUGCUUUGUAUUUGUUGUCAUACCAUUCUCCUCAUGAAGAAUAUAUUGGGGAACGUAUAGAAGCAGCAUGGGCUGAUGAUCCAAUUAUAAAGACAGCUUUUGAAGAGUUCAGUGGAAGGUUGAAGGAGUUGGAAAAAAUAAUCAAUGAAAGGAAUGCUAACACAGAAUUGAAGAACAGAAAUGGAGCUGGUAUUGUGCCAUAUGAGCUCUUGAAACCUUUUUCUAAGCCAGGGGUCACUGGGCAGGGUGUUCCCUAUAGUAUCUCCAUUUGA